AGUGCAUGCUGGGUCCGCCUCGCUUUGGGAAAGCGCGGGACCGAUGAAAGUACGGGUCGCGAGAGGGUUGUUUGCGGGCUGGGUGUUACGGCGUGGUGGCAUCUCAGAUAAGAACAGAGCACACUUUUUAAACAACACAGACUAGAGAAAAGUAAGAGGAGUGAAGUCUAAAAAAUGAAACUGCCUCUGACCUUCUGCAGGCUGCUUAGCCGGUUAGACAGAUUUUCUGUAAAAGCAAGCCCUCCUGUGAGUUUCUCCACUUCCUCUUAUUUGUGUAGCCAAAAGAAAAAAAACUCUUACGAAGCCGUAGACCAAGCGAAGUACUCUCGAUUAGUACGCUCUGUCUUGUCCAGAGGCCCGGCCCAGACUCCAGAGUCCUUGUUCCAGGAAGAUGAUGUACUGUAUGGUCCUGUGAGUAAGCGUAAGGCUGCAGAGCAGGAGCCACAGGCUAGAGUCCCCCAACACUGCUUUCCUAUCUUCAAUGAAGAGAGACACGGGAAGCCACACACAAAUGCUUCUUCAGGCCCGUUGAAGAUCCCUUUGCAAAGAAGGGAGAUGCCCAGUGUGACCCGCAUCCUUCAGCAGACCAUGCCACCUGAACAGAGUUUCUUCUUGGAGAGGUGGAAGGAGCGGAUGAUUCUGGAGCUGGGAGAAGACGGGUUUGCAGAAUAUACUUCAAAUGUGUUUUUACAAGGCAAACAGUUCCAUAAAGCCUUGGAAAGCAUACUGUCACCCCAGGAGAACCUAACAGGGGGAGAAGAGCACCCCCAAUGUGGCUACAUCGAAAGCAUUCAGCAUAUUCUGAAAGAAAUCAGUGGUGUGCAAGCUCUGGAGAGUGCCGUCCAGCAUGAGGCCUUGAAGUACAUAGGGCUGCUGGACUGCGUGGCUGAGUACCGGGGCAAGUUAUGUGUGAUUGAUUGGAAGACAUCAGAAAAACCAAAACCUUUUAUUCAAAAUACAUAUGACAACCCACUGCAAGUUGUGGCGUACAUGGGCGCGGCCAACCACGAUGCCCACUACAGUUUUCAGGUUCAGUGUGGAUUAAUUGUGGUGGCCUAUAAGGAUGGGUCCCCUGCGCACCCUCACUUCAUGGAUGAAGAGCUCUGUUCCAAGUAUUGGGCCAAGUGGCUUCUUCGACUAGAAGAGUAUACAGAAAGGCAAAAGAACCUGAGCACUCCAGAGCCAGCGUAAAGGCCGGGGAUCACUUGGUGAUGCUGUGCAUGCCCUUCUGUUUGGGAGAUGCACUGCUGUCCACUGAGUUUCUAAAGAGGAGUGCCGGGAACUGAGGGCUGCAUUAACACAAGCUGAAGGUGUGGUGUGUUGGGAUGUACCCACCAAGAAGCCAGAGAGUCUGGAGGCCAACCCUUGUCUCACCAGAUUCAUGACCUCUGGCUAUUUCUCACCUGAGAGGAGGACACUGGGAUUGGCAGCUGCCCAGGGACUUCUGGGCUCCCUUGCAAACCUCUGUGUCCCUGGCAGGAUGCCCAGUCUUUGAAUUGAGAUCACAAGGCCAAAUGAAGCAUCAUGUGCCACACAUGCCCCUAGAGUUCUCAGGGAUAGGAGGGGCCCUGCACCCUCAGGGUGUACAGAGAGAGCAAGCACGUAGACAUCACCAGCACACAGUUUCCUAGAAGGUAUUUUAUACACUCUUGUGUCAUUAGGAAAACUUGUUUCGGCCUGAGGAAACCUGGCUGCCUGGAGAGCUGGGGCACGCACCACAUCAUUGGCCGGAUCCUUUUCCUUCCCAGAGAAGCCCCAGCAGUAGGAAGCCUGAGUGUGGAAGUUGCCGUCAUUAGGGUUUGGCUAUCUGUUUCUGGUGUCAGCAGACCAUGGACUACAAAAAAUACUGUUGUGGAACUUGUUAACAAAGAGGAACAAUGGUAAAACUUUUUUUCUGUGUUUGAUAAGUAACAAAAAAAAAUCAUUGGCUGUUCUUGGGAAA